AUGCGAAAGCAACCACCAUCGACACCGGCAGCGGUGGACAAGGCUCGGCGGGAUGCUCUGGAGGCGCAGAAAAAGAGGACAGACGACUCCAUCGCUCGACGGACCGCCACAUCCCACUCUUCGAGUGCGGCAACGUCGCGGCCGAAGCUUGCCGCUGCAUCGGCAAAGCGGAAACAAAUCCAAACGGCGGCGUUCCAAUCACCCCUCAAGAGGCACAAGCCAUCCUCUUCGACAUCUAAAUUUGUUCCCACCGCCAAAUGCGUCCGCUGUCAUGUGCGCGAUGAGUUUCCGCGUACCAAAUGCCUCUUAUGCAGCGCUUCCGUCCAUCUUGCAUGCACGACCCCCGUUGCGCGUCGGCUCGGGAUCGACGCCUUUCCCAACAACGGCGUGUAUUGCUCGAUCGAGUGUUACACCGAAGACACCGGCAAUGCCGUCCCAACCACAACGUUUACGACGACGGCCAUGGAGCCGACUACGACGACGAAGCACGCGGCGAGACCCGCGGAAACACCUGUGGCCGCCCUUCCUCCGACCCCCACCGUCCAUGGUCGCGCGUCGUCGGCCUCUGGGGCCUUUGUGGAAGGCGAUGCGAUCACCUCUGCCAUUCUCAAACACUCUGGUGUGAAGGCGCCUCGCCCGUUGGAACUUCCUCCUCGGUCCUUCUCCCGCCAGCACCCCCCGCCUCGUCCACCGUCCCCUGAGCGCAAAACGUUGCAAUUUCAAUCCAUUUCCCCCAUCAAGACAUCCCCCGUCCAGCAGCCAUCGUCCUCCACGCAGAAAAAAGGUGCUUCUAUCGAGCUUGCCGACCACCCCGACGAACGUGUCCGCUACGUCCACAACUCUUCCAACCACCACGACACAAGUCCUUCUAUCGAGGACGAUGCGCGGUACCACGACUACUUUAAUCCCCCGCGCUUCCUUCCGCGGACGACAUCUCCGUCUACCUCUGGUGCAUCUUGUUCUUCUUUGUCGUCUGUUUCGAAAUGGUCGGCGGCGGCGAUACUCGUGGGACUAGUGUCGAUGGCGGCGGUAUUACUCGCCGGUCUGUACAUGGACUCGAUUCCUUUCUGCGACUCGAACGACACUACCAACACUCCUGGGUGGUGCCAGCCGUGUCCGGAUAACGGCAUUUGCUUUUCCGGCGACCUCCAAAGCUGCAAACAGCCCUACCUAAAGGUCGAACGCGCGUGUUUGGAACCGUCGACGGUGACGCGGGACGCUGACCUGAUGACGCACCUGCUGCCGCGGUUCCUCGUGAAGCGGGCGUCCAAUGUCCUAUGCAACCAGUCGCUGCUGGCCACGUGGCAGCACCAGGGGACGGCAGAGAAGACCAGCACCACGUCGCAGGUCGUCACGUCGGCGUUUGAACUGCGCAACUAUUUGCUCCACCAAGCCAUGUGGGACAACGUGGACGCGGCUGUGUUUGACGUGACAUUUACGAAAGCGAUGCGCCAACUGAAACAAGGUCACCCCGAGUACUACUACACGAGCGACGGCGACGUGGUCCUCGGCCGCGACGACGUCGACCUCUGGUGUGCAUUGCAAUUGCACGUUCAAGACUAUGUCCAGAUCUAUGCAACACUACUAGCCAUUGGAUUGAUCACGUGGGCAAUUGUUACGUGGCACCGCCGCCGUCGCGCGUCCAAGUCCCAGAUCAAACGCCUCGUGCAUGCCGUGCAUGUGGCGUUGAAACAGCCGUCCAACGAUUUGGUGGACGGCGCAGUGUCGCAUCUGCGCCACUCGUUAUGGGGCGGAAAGAACGACCGUACGUGGCAGCGUGUGGUACAAGCAAUCCACCAAGACGCCCGCAUUCGAGAGCGUUAUAUCGUCCAUCGAGGGCAGCAAGUACUCAUCUGGUACACUAAAGCAAUGCACACUGACUAAAUAACGUUAUGCUUGAACAAUGAUUGUAUGAUUUAAAAUAGGGAAUGGAUUGGCACAAGACGCGACGACCGCAAUAUCUUGCGGGGGCAACCGGUGGAACUGGUCGAGUAACCAGUGUAGUUAAUAGUUUGGAUUCAAUAGGGAGCCACGAAAACUACAUUUGAGGACGUUUUGACUAACAGCCAUGACCAUCGCCAUCACAUGUUCUGCAUCAACCAUGGGGCGCAUCAUGCAUCUCUUACCGCCAAUAUAAAUAUAUAUACAU